AUGACUACCCUAACUCUUCUUUCCGCCGAGGACGAGUCGACCUCGAUAUCCUUCGACCCUGCCAAUACCAUCGCCGACGUCAAUCCUCUCAUCUAUGGAGGUUUCACCGAGCAUAUGGGCCGUUGUAUUUACGGUGGUCUUUACGAGCCAAACAACAAAGAACUUUCCGACGAGAACGGAUUCCGCCGGGAUGUCAUCUCAUACUUCAAAGAACUUCGAGUCCCGGUCGUUCGAUACCCAGGCGGUAACUUUUGCGCCUCGUACCGAUGGCAAGAUGGCAUUGGACCCAAAGAGAAACGCCCGAAGCGACCAGAGUUGGCUUGGGAGGGAGUGGAGCCCAAUACAUUCGGCACAGACGAGUUCAUGGAAUGGUGCAAAGUAGUUGGCACUGAGCCUUAUCUAUGUCUAAACAUGGGAACAGGGACACUAGAGGAUGCUCUUGCCUGGGUGGAGUAUUGCAAUGGUGACAAGGACACACACUAUGCAAAUCUCAGACGACAGAAUGGCCACGAGAAGCCAUACAAUGUGAAGUACUGGGCUCUUGGAAACGAGAUGUGGGGGCCUUGGCAGGUAGAACAACAUACAAAGGAGGACUAUGCCAAAAAGGCAAUCCAAUGGGCUCGAGGUAUUGACGCCGUCACAGCAUUAAAACUUCUCGACCCUUCUAUUACUUUGAUCUUGUGCGGGAAAGAUGGCUACUCGGACUGGGAUCGCUACACUCUUCAGCAAUGCCUCCGCUGGGUAGACAUGCACUCGAUUCACUACUACUCCAUGGGCAGUGGCCACUACAAAAACAUCUCUUCCGUCUACGCUGCUGAACGAGCCAUCCAAGUCUGCUCAUCUCUCAUCGACCUUGCUCGGUGCGAAUUCGACCUUUCGCCCUUCCCAGAUAUCGAGCGAAUCAUCACCAAGCCAAACAGCGCAAAGCGUCCCACAAUAUGCUUCGACGAGUGGAACGUGUGGGAUCCAGAACGAGCUCCCGGCAACAAGGGUGGUGAGGAACAGUACACGCUCAGCGAUGGGUUGGCAGUCGCCAUCUGGCUGAAUAUCUUUGUACGCAACUGCAAGGACAUCGGCAUGGCCACCAUUGCUCAAAGCGUCAACGUUAUUGCUCCCCUCAUGACAACUCCUCGCGGUGUCUGGAAGCAGGCUACAUAUUUCCCCCUGUUGCUCUUCUCAAAGUACAUGCACGGAAAGGCAGUUUCUGUGCAUACUCGUACGGGCACGUAUCAAGGGGAGACGUUCCCCCGGUGGGUUGAAACGACUGUUCCGGUCCCCAAGCUUGAUGUUAGCGCCACCAUUGACAGCGACGGUUGGAUGAAUGUGGCCAUUGUGAACUCGGAUGAAGAGAAGAGCUACACUACUAAGCUCAAUGGUAUCGCCCCUGGAAGCGAAGUCCAGGUAUUCACUGUUGGUGGGGAGGCUUUCAAAUCUGCCGAUGCCAACUCGGAACACGAAGAAAAAGUCAGCAUUCGAGAGUCUGUGUGGAAUGUAACUGAUACAUCAUACCGCUUUGAGCGUCUGAGCUUCACACUUCUCAGAUGGAAGGCAUAA